ACAGUUUUGGCAGCUUGAAACACGACCUGCCUGGGUGUGUGUCCACUCUUCCCCCCCUUGAAGAGAGAGAGAGAGAGAGAGAGAGAGAGAGAGAGAGAGAGAGAGAAAGAGAGAGAAGUCAGUGGACUGACCGGGGUCUCCUCAGGUGUUUGGAUCCAGUCAUGUCGGGGAGCUCAGAGAAAGUACCGAUCGCCUCAGCGGGACCAGAGGACCUGCAGCAGUUCAUGCCCCCGGUGAGUGUUUAUUCAGCCCGGUUUAUACAGCUCAGUUAACCGGGGACAUGGAGGUCAUUGAUUCGUGGGACAGUUAGAUGUGCCCCGUUAUUGACCCUUCAGGUGCUGGUGAAAGAGUGAAAAAGUUGUAAUCUACAGUUUAUUUAGGAUCAAGUCAGAGCUGUAAAAACCUGUUGGACGUAAAUGCGUUUUUACUGUCUUGUUGUCUAACAAAUCAAUGUUGUGUUCACUGCCUGUCUAUGUCUGUCUAUCACCGUAGGCCUACUCGGCCGUGGCGGUGAAACCUGCCGCAACCGGCCGCCUCCUGAAGGCCGGCAUCGCGGUGCUGAUUGCUGGAGCCCUCCUGCUGCUGCUGGGGGCGGUGGGAGCUUUUUAUUUCUGGAACAACAAUGAAAAACAUGUAAGACUCUUAAUGCUGUUUUCACACUGGAAAAAAAAAAGUUGAAUAAAAGGCUGUAAGUUAUUAGGAAGGAGGGGGCAGGACAGAGGGGAUUAAUAUUUAAUUUCCUUACCUUGGGGUAAAGUUUGACUCUUAUUUUGAAACGUCUUUGCAGCUUUCUGUUACAUUGCUUUACAUUUAGUGUCAGCUAUCCUUUGAAACAGUUUAAAAGCUGCAUUGAUACAGUCCAUCAACGUAAAUUUAUACGAGUAAAGACGAAAUUUCUAUCAGUUUUGUAAAGAUUGUCUAGUGAUGAUGUCAGUCAUGUAAUUUUUCCUGUUUUGACAAAUGGAGGGCGAGCCAUUUUCUUCUCACUGGAAAACACUGAUUACUCUUUUACAGGGUGAUCCUGAUCAUUUUCAUACCACAUGACUUUUAGUUUAAACCAAACAAACCAAUCUGAUCAUCCUUUCCUUCUGUUCCAGUGCAGUUUUUUCAGUGUUUUUCCAAAUAGGAGGCAUCAACAGUAAAGGAGAAUAAAACUAUCAAAAUAACUACACUUAGAUAGAUUAAUACUAAGCUGCUGCAAAGGGAAAACGAGCAAAUGCUAGUCAUCAAUGCUGAAAUAGUUUUUCUGGUUUGACUAAAUUCUACAGAAAUGUUUCCACUAAAGAGUUUAUUUUACAGGGUGUGCAAACAGUAAAUUGUAAAUUAAACACCCCUGCUUCAUGGUGCACUCUGCUCAGUGAAUGAAGGCGUUGUGUGUUUGUGAGUAUGUGCAGUGUGUGUUAGGGGAUCCUGGAGGUGGUGGAGAAGGAUGGGUGGGGGGGCGUUUUUGGUCCGGCUGAUGCUCCAGGGGCAGGAGGUGGAAAAGAUGAGAGGGAACAUGAAGCUUUCUGAGUGUUUUUCUUCCAAUAUGAAGUUAGAAAAAUGCUAUUAAGACAUGAUGAAAGGGCUCUGUAGAGGCAGAGCUGCACAGAUUGUUUUCUUCUGAACAACUUUGAAAGAAAGUGUUGACUGAAAGAGAAAAAGCUGAAAAGAGAAGAGGUGACUGUGCGAGGGGGAGUCAGAGGGGGAGACCAGAGGAGGGUGAGGAGUGUUGAAAGAGAGAAGGCGGGGGUGGGGUGACUCUCAGGACUCUCAUACCUUACAUGCCAGUCUGAAACCCUGUGUGGAUAUGUUUGUGUGUCUGUGUGACUUUUGUGUGUGUGUGUGUGUGUGUGUGUGUGUGUGUGUGCGCGCACAGGUCUACAAUGUCCACUACAGCAUGAGCAUCAAUGGAAAGGUGGAGGAGGGCGCAAUGGAGAUCGACUCGGCCAACAACAUGGAGAGAUUCAGCACGGGGAGCGGCACAGACGAGGCCGUGGAGGUUCAUGACUUUGAGAUUGUGAGUCAGAGCUGAAAUAAUCACAGAAUUCAGAAGGUAUAGGAGCACAGGCUGAACAACUCGAUGGUAGUUUAAAUAAUCUUUUACUUUUGCAUGUUAAAAAUUUCCUUUAAUACUGAGUGGUGCACAAAUGUUCAGAUCCAAUUAGCCAGCUUUAGCAGAUUGCUGAAAGAAUGAUCCGAAUAAGUAUUAGACAACAAAAUGCAAACAAAAUAGAGAAUAAAAGUCAUUCCAGGUAAUAGACAGUACCCUACACAAAUGGAUGAUCAUGUUUACAUUGAGCAGUUCUCUGGUUGGUCUACCGAACCCAGUUUUCUCUAUUAUGUGUCAUAUAACUACUUUUGUUUAUAAGUACAUCUUUCAAAAUAUCACAGAUAUUGAUAUUAAUAUUGAUACUACCACAAAAACACCAAAUGUACUAACCAAACCGAAAACUUGUGUGUUCCCAAAACAGAAAGUGUCCUGCUGUCAGGUACACAUGUGGAAAGCAAAUCUGUGAAGUGUUGAGACAUGAUCGUCCUGAAAUUGUCUGGAAACAGUCAGGAGCUCAGGUCUUAGUUUUUAUCACAUUAGGAGAGGGAAGAAUUAGUACUCCAUAACUUAAAAUAUUAAGGCUUAAUAAAAGACCAACAAUUCCCAUUCAAAUUAAAGUUAAACACACAAACAGAAUAACAAAAUUCUACAUUUAAAACUCCUGUGAGGAACUCUAUGUUGAUUUUGGAGCCCCCCCUUAGUAAUCCCAAUAUCUUUGAAAAAAUUGUCUGAUCCUUCUGAAAGGGGUGAUUAUAGUAAGUAAAAAAAAUGCCCCUGAAGAGUAGGAACUAACCAGUAAGGCCUCAAUGAGGGUUUUUCAACACCUCAACCUUAACUGUGUCAUCAGCACAGUCUGUAUAAAACAUGGACUCAGUCUCAGCAUUACUAUCUACCAGUUUCUGAAGAAGGGUUAGGGAGCCAAACAAUGGUGGUCCCCAGAUUAGAAAUGCUGACUCAACCUAAUCUUAGACCAAUUUGGACAGGAAUCAGAGAUGCAGCUGAGACAGGCCGUGAGCUCUCAGGGAAAACAGGUGCAAAGAACCACCUGUCAGUCAUCUCAGUCACCUCUUUUUAAGCAAUACGCGAUAAUCUCAGUCUUAAUGUCCUCAAAACGGAUGAGUUAUUAAGAAUUCACUUCCCACAAAGUGUGCAAAAGUACAGAAUCAAGCUAUUACAAGUGAAACCGUUUUUUUUUGUGCCAGGCUGUAAAUAUGUUUAUAGGAAUGUUAAUAUGGGAUUAAAAGGGGACUCUGGCUUUAGGAACCAGUCUCAAGUGGACACAGGAGGAGCUGCAGUGUUUAAUGCUUCUGAACUGGUUUCAUUUCCAACAUUGAAGGUUUCUGCUCUGUUAUAAACUACAAACAGACAGACAGACAGACAGACAGACAGACAGGGAAAAUCACACUACAAUUAUCACAGACAUGUUAAGCAGCCUCUAAAUCAAGAAGCCAACAGAUGAGAGUUCACCUGAACUUCUGCAAAGAGCUCUUAGUUUGUGCUGAUUUUGGCGCCCCUGCAAACAAAAACAGUUUUUCUUUUUUUUCCACAAAAAUGUAGCAGAUUUUGGGGAAACUGACCCAAACACCACUGUCAGUGUCCCCUCACCACGGUUGUUAGAUUCAUUCAUUAUAGUUUAGUUUUAAAUUUGUCUCUGUUGAAGCCUGCACAUCAACAGCUGAUCACAAAUAUGUUGUGUCUGCUAUUAGUGCAAAAUCAAAUAGGCUUUCCGGAGGCAAAGUGAAGUGCUGACAUUAGAGGUUGGGUCAUAUUGGCCUGAAAUUACCUAAAUUACACAGUAGAGAUGACCUCGUCAACAGAGGCUGAUUGCCUUGCUUUUAGGCUGGUUCACUGAGUGGUUUCUCAACAAGGAGGUCCUCCUGCGGCUGACACACUUACUGUUGACAGGUACCACUCACAGCAGAUGGAUACAAGCCUUCAUUAGUAAGAUCUACCAUGUUUACAUGUCAUGCUUAUGUCAAUAAAUCUGCAUUAGUAACUUUUUAAAGCUCCUGUGAGGAACUUUGUUUGUGAUAAUUAUGGUGCCCCCUGUGGACAAAAAAGUACCUCCUCUCACUUUGUUGAUUUUUUACAGUACAGGUAUAAGAACAGUUUACUAAAAAAGCACUCAACACUGAUUUUAAAUCACUCAGUUAGUAUAUAUAUUACCCAAAAAAGUUAGCCUCUUGCUAAUGUGUUUGUUGAUUGUUUGGGUUUGUGAUGGUAGGUCAACCGUGAGAAAUCCAGAUACUAAUGAGCUGAAAGGAGACUUUGAAAGGGGGGCGUAUCACCACCUACUGUAGUGGAGGUGGACAUACUUUUGUCUACAAAUCAAUGCUUACCUGGUGCUUGUAAAGUGGGACAGGAAUGGUAGCCUAAUUAAACCACCUAAUUAGGCUAUAACACUAAUUGUGCAUGUAACAUGACCGAUUGGCACGGACAGUGUACAAAAAGGGGGCUUGCUAAUUAGCAGUUUCUACAUUUCUCUAACCCACCCCCACCACCAAAUGUCUUAGAUGUCAAAACUAUUUACAUAGAAAUGAUCAGUCAUUUUAUUAUUGAUCUGAUUUGCUUUUGUGGGUCAUAUGGAAACAUCAGAAUUAAUAUCAGUCUGUUUCUCAGCCGGCUUAUAUCUCCUCACAGUAGCUUUAAAAAGAUAAUCAUAAUCACUGAUCAGCACUGUCAGACCCCAUCAGAGCACCACAGAAGAAGUCCAUAAGAUCAUCUCAAACUCUCAAGACCCUAGAGGGGAGGUUGGUUCAUUGUAGCAGCAGGGAAAUUAAGAGCAAGCGGACAUGUGAUUUCCCUCUAGGCCAAUCAGUGUCACGAUGAAUUGUCCCAUUUCAACUUAUUGUAAAUUCAGACUGGUGGUUUUUGACCUUUAAUUAAAGAGCCCCAAUCAGGCCAGUCAGACCAGUGAAGCAGGAAUUUUGGCCUUUUAAUGAUUGAGAUUUCACAUUCAAUCACAAUGCUCCUGUUAGUGUGAUGUGAAACACUAAAAUGUAGCAACACCUAAAGAUGAUCAAUCAGCUGGGGUAAAACAUUAGAUUUAUUUUAAGGACUGAGGAAAACAAAUCACUGAACUUGUGGUGGGGAGCUUUAACUUUCGCUUUUCCCUUUUCCUCUCUGCCCUCUCCAGGGGAUCACAGGGAUCCGCUUUGCAGGAGGGGAGAAGUGCUACAUAAAGACGCAAGUGAAGGCUCGCUUACCUGAUGUGGAGACUCUCAACAAGGACUCCAUGACCUUUGACCUGGUAGGUUGGCCCAGUCCGUCUUAUAUGUCCUAAGAAAGCUGGUUUCCUCGGGGCUGGGAUUUGCGUUUUUUUUAGGGAGUUCAUGAAAAGCCUCUUUAUGCUGCAGGAACUGUAGACACUCCAACAGUUUAUACGGAGAACCGAAGUACAACCUGAAAAUUUAAAGGAGCUGUUUGACAUUUAGGGAAAACUUCUCCUUUGCUGAGAUUUGGAUGGUAAAAGCGAUAACGCUCUGAUGUCUUUGUAAAGAAUAUGAAAGUACUGCCAGCAGCUUAGCUUAGCAUUUUGACUGAAGACAGGCUGAAACAAAAAGCUCAGUUCAAAGAUAACAGAAUCUUUCCAGCAGCUUCUCUGAAACCCGUUAAUUAACGUGUUUAACGAUAUCAUUCUUGACUGAUGAAUCAUCUAUCAUCUCAUCAGUGAUGCUUUGAUACUGACAGACAAAACCAGGAUGAUAUAAACUCUCUAGCUGAUUUCUUCUGCAAAAGAGGGUAAAAGUGUUUCUGCAAAUAUAUCUUUAUUUCCUAAAGAAGCUGAAGUUUUUUUGUACAUUUUCAGGACACUUUACAAACCAUGAGGUCCAGCACAUUGAACAGUUCCAGCUUUUGAAUUCCCACUCAGCCUUGCUCAUAAUGAUCCUUUAUUUCUCUGUUAUAUUGUUUCAUUUUUCUAUUAUUUCCCAAUACCGGCUGAGUGAUAUUGUUAUUGCUGCUAUAUAAUGAGCAAUUGUGUGUUUAACAGCUUCAUUUUCUAACCACCAACUACAGCUCUCUAUGAAUGCUCUCCUCUCUCCAAAAUAUGCUCAUAAGAGCUUGGCCCCCUCUGUCUGAGCAAUAAAAGUUCUCCAGUGUUUUAUUCAAGGACGGCUCUUGGCAGUCAGUAUAGAUACAGUAGUUAAACGGUCAACAGCCAUACCUGUUUCAGUACCAGAAACUUGCGCUGUGUUAUUUCCCCCUGAGCAGUGACACAAUUCGGCUCCAUGAAGUCGUCCCCAUGGCAGAGGAGGGCUGUGGAAAUAAAAGCAGAGGCCGUGACAAUGACUGCACAUUAUGUUUGGCUGUGUUCCUGUUUGGAGACGCGCUCUGAGUGCAGCCUGUAGGGGAAGACGCUGCCUGUCUGCUCGUUCUCCACUUUGCUCUUAACAACUUUUGGAUAGGCUGCCAUAAAGUGAUGAUGAUAACUUAAGUGUUGGACUGAGUCUGAAAUGCCUCUCGCAGAGCAGCAGCUCCUUAUGCAACACCGAGGAAAAGACCAAUAAUAAAGAAUAAUAAAGACGCAUAAAAACUGACUGUAGCCUAAUUGAGUUUAGAUAUGUCGUUUACCAGGGGAUGAAGGGCUGUGUCUUUAAAGACCAGACUAAUUACUGUGAUCUGACUGACUAAAAACAUCAUUUAAUUUUUUACUGUAAUUUGUCCUGGGUGAAGAGUUGAAACAUCUGCAGUGCUAACAGGUUUGCAAUCAGCUCCAGCUCUAUGUAUAUCAGUAAAAUCGCAGCUAAAAGAAAGAAAAGCUGGUCAAUAUAUUAACACGUUAGCAUUAUCUCUGAGAAUGUGAGGGAAUACAUACUGGCCAGUUUUUUUAAAUCUCCACUAACGACCAAUCAAAAUUAAAAAAGGGGCGGGGCUUCUGAUAUCAUCUAAGGAAACAACAACGGUGGAGUUUUUUGACUGUCACUAAUCCAGGGUCAUGAUAUUGCACUUUGUAGCAGGUCCUUGCACACUUGAGUCAUGGCUGCUGUACACAGAGGCCUUUUAUUAUGAAGCAAAGUGAAGUCUUUUACUGAUUGUAAUAAUUAAAAAAAAACUUUUAAUAAAAUGUUAAGCAAAAGUUUCUUGAGUGAGAUUUAAAAUGUAAUUCCAGGAAUUUCUUCAGAACAUUUUGAAAAUUUUAAAUAUCUGAAAACAAGAUUUACUUUUGGGUCUGUGGUGCCAGUGAAGUUAAGAUUAAGUAAAAGAUGUUUGGACUCGAAGUGAAAUGAAUUCACUCAGGAAAAAGGCUAUGAAAUGAGAGUAACAAGAGAAAAGGUCAUAAGUGACUCUCCACUCCUGGAAGUAAACACACAGUGUGAAGUAUACUUAUCUAUGUCUCAUCAUUAGUAUAAUUUAUCAGGACUAGAUCAGACAUCUUAACUACUUCACUUCUGAUAAAAUGUUGUAGAGAAAAGGAUCACGUCACGGAGAAACUGUCAGAACAAAAUAGUGUCUUGUUGUGGGUUUCUUAAGUGGGUGUAUUUAUAAAUCUUGUAGUUACACCUCUUAAACUCUGUGAAAGGUAUUCUUCAGUCAUGGUGAAAUAUCGUAUAACUGCUCUGUUUUCUUCUGUGCAUUUUGGAGAUUUAUGAUAAGCUUUCAGUUUUCAUAUGAAGCCGUUUGCAUGAAUUACUGCAGCCAAUAAUCCACGAGUAACACCUAAGUGAUUUUUAUGUGUGGGUUCCCAUCAUUUAACAGCUUGCUGGACUGAAAACACCAUAUGUGUGUCUGUGCGUGUGUGUCUGUCUGUGUAUGUGUGUGUCUGUCUGUCUGUGUGUGGACUGCUAUCACAACACACCAACACCCGGGCCUGUGAUUGUUCAUUUAAGGCUGUAUGAUAAUUAAAAUCAUUUAGCUCUGCAUAAGCCUCACAUCCACAUAAAUCCACAUCACCAGAAUCGCCCUCAUGAACGCAUACACACAAACACACACGCAGACACAGACACACACACACACACUCGUGGCACACAAUUAAUUAUCACGCAGGGCUGCUCUUAUUGCCUCUCUCUGCCUCAUAAAGGAUCAUUUAUUUCACGUUUGCUCUUUUCUGUGUGUUUGUGUUAUUGCCUCUCUUUGCCUCAUAAAUGAUCGUUUGGUUCAUGAUUGUGUGUGUGUCUGUGUGUGUGAGUGUGUGAGAGAGUGUGUGAGAGAGUGUGUGUGGAGACAGGGAGAUGUUGUUAUAAUGGUUGCUGCAGGCUGGUCAUUUGCUAUAAUUUAGAGUGAUGGCAAAUAUGGGUUAGAUAAGCGCGCACACACAGACACACACAGACACGCACAGAAGGAGAGAGUGGGUCAGAUAAACUCUUAUCGACAGAGCGGUGGAGAAGGACCCCCACUUUUAUUUGUCCCUGCAGCAAAUCAUUUGAGCUGGAAAAAAUCUGAAAGGUUGGAGGAUAAGAUUCUCUAAACAUGUGUGGCUAGUGCAGAGCAGCCCACAGGAACAAAUGCCUCUGGGCAAAAUCCUCCCCACAGAAUCCCCCUUUUUCACCUGCAGGCUGUGGAUUCAGAGUCUGUAUGUUUACACUGUCUCUCCUCUGAAAACCUCAUUAGCUUCUCUGCAGAAACCUGCAAAUUUAGGCCAUCCAAUCUCUCCUCCCCUUUAGAUCCUGAUGAGUCCUGACAUUGUGUGUACAGCUAACUGUUAGUGCUCGGAAAAUCUGUAUACCAAAGCCUCCAGGGUGUCUUUUUACUACUUGAUUUUAUGUUGUUAUAAGGAGCAUUAACAGCGCAGUGUUAAUGCAGAUUAGACUCGGACAGGAUGCAAGCACUGUGGGCUAUUUAAAGGGAGAGGCUGGUAACAAGAUCCGUAAACAAGUGUGAUGAUACGCCGCCAGCAGCCGGGGACGUCUUCAGAUGUUUUGUUGUGAUGUUUGUUUUUCUCACUUUCUUACCCCUGAAGGAGGAUGAGGUGAUGCCGGCCAAAUUUGAGGAUGAUCUGAUCUGGGUGGCAGCCGACGCUCCCCUCUCGGACUCGGCCUUCCUCAGCAACAAGAUUAAGGACCUGUGUGGAGAUCUGCCAAUCUUCUGGCUCCGUCCCACCUACUCCACCAGUAAGGAAGCAGACAGCUUGUCAAAAAACUGAAAGUAAAACACAGAUUUCUUAAACUCAGGGAGUUUCUGUUUUACACAAAACAAAGGAGAUGCAGGUCAAAUGGUCUCAGUAAUUUCCAUUUAACAUUGCAGUUGUUUAAGCCACAGGAGAAAAAACAGCCUGAAAAAAAGAGAGGCAGGAGUCCUUUUGAAGUUUCAGAGCUGCCGAGAGUACAAUUUUUAGCACGCUGGGAGGUCAAAAGUUCUCAAAACACAAUUUUUAUUCUACUUCAUCUGAGGACUUCAAAAAGGCUGCCAAAGAAACGGCUGUACAAUCAGGAGCUGAGCCACAUAAGAGCCACAGCGCUCCUAAAUUUGGUCUACUGUCAGAUACUGAGAAUGUGAUGUGUGCAGGCGGCCAGAGGAGGAGAAGAGCCGCUGCUGCCCGCCAGCGCCGCCAGGCAGCCGUGGCCGGGGAGGAGGAAGAGGACGUGGAGGCCGAGUUCAACCCUGAGAACCCCUAUCAGGUGAGUCACACAAACAAACACAUAUAUUCUUCUUCUGGUUUGUUUACAGCAUCCGAGGCUGUCCGCUUGAAUCUGAAGGCUACCUGAGAGGGAGUUUUCUGAGGAGACUUUCUCACAGCUGUGUGAGCGGCAGCAGCUGCUGGGGUCACAGCGGAGGGGCCCGGAUUGUCACUGCAGAUCUGAGUGUAUGCAUGGCCGUGUUUCCCUGCAUGUGAGGCUGUCCAAAGCUUUCCUUUCAGCAUUGAGGCUGUAUGAAUAAUUCCACUUCUCCCCCCUUCGUCUGUGCAGCCCCUUUGCCCUGCUGAGCACACACAGACUCCUAUACAUACACACCCCUGUGCCCUCUCUGCUCACCCCUUAUGCUGGGCCCCUUUCCCCCCCCAACCCUCCUCCAUUUGCCUCUCUCAGCAUCCCCCACAUCUCCUUCUACACACUCCUGACAACCACAGAGGGGGGGUAAACAGCAUGCUGCACGCUGAAGAAGAAAAUAUUUGACAACAAAAACCCACAUCUGACAACAUCCCCUCCUCCCCCAUCCUGCCUGUCGGAAAUCCAUUUUUAAUUGGUUUGAAAUGAGCGCUCACUUACCGGAUCAGAAUGUAAACCAAGACUGUGUCGCCUUUUCUGUCUCAUCUCAGAGAGGUCUGGAGGGCGAGCAGGGCACCAUGAACAUCGACCCGAUGCUGGACCACCAGGGCGUGUGCUGCCACGAGUGCAGACGCGGCUACACUCACUGUCAGAGGAUCUGCGAGCCGCUGGGUGGGUAUCACCCCUGGCCGUACCACUACCAGGGCUGCAGGGUGGCAUGUAGGAUCAUCAUGCCCUGCAACUGGUGGGUGGCUCGCAUUAUGGGGCUGGUAUAGACGCUCACAGAGACCAAGGAGAGAGUAGAGCCCAGCGAAGAGGAAACAAGGGAGGGACGAGGGUACAGGAGAGGGGAAACUUAGGGAAAAGUUCAAGUUGGAGAGGUUGGCUUCUUCUGUUGAUUUAGGCAGAUUAUUAAAUCAAGUCGACACAUUUAUACCAACAUGGUGCAGAAUCUAGAAAAAAAUAUUGUUUUUAAUAUAAACAGCAUUCCUCCUGUUAGAGUCUUCAGGAGGACAUGCUGCCAAUAAAAAAACAAGAGGUUAUGGAGAAAACUCCUUGACACCCAUUGAUUUAAGUAUUGACUUUCAGCGAGUACCCUUCUGACAUUAGUGCAAUAAAAAACACACAUCACGUAGAAAUUGUAUUACUUUUAACAAUAGACUCUCUCCAAGCACCACACUUUAUCUUUUGCUAGAAUCACCUGAUAAUUGACUAUUUCUUGGAGGCUGUGAUAUCAACAGAUCCAUCCAUUUAAAGGCAUACUUCAUGGUUUUUAGAGGCUGAUACCAACACUGCUUUUUAAGAGCUCUAACCCCGCCUUGAUUUCAGAUGUUGAAAAAUGCAAACAUAUUUAUCUGUAGAGGAAGCAGGAACGCUCAUAUUUAUAGAACUUCUCUUAUUUCGCUGUCCCACUUUGCUUUUAAUGUAAAUUCAAGUGUAGGCUGCAGAUUGACGCAAUAGAAAUCUGCUUGCUUUAACCAAAUCUUGUCAGAACGGUAGUGAGGAAAACGUUAGAAAACUGUGUUUGACUCUUUCCUUUCCCAUCUUUGUCUGUAAAAGGACCUCUAAUUAAAAAUAUGAACUGUACGUAAUCUCUGACAAACUUGUGUCUAAAUGUUUCUACAUAGUUCACCUGUUGAAGAAUCCUUUUCAAAGUGCAAUAUCACUGAAUAAAACUUUUUUAUGUAAA